CAUAAAGCAAACAAACACGCAAAUAUUUUGUUGUGUUUGAAGCUCUCGGCGAUGGAAGCUAAGCUAAGCAGAAGAGAAGCAGAAUAAUAAUCAUCCACCAUUAAAAUUCCUUCCCAUCAUUCUCAUCCAUAAUUCCACUAUUCUAUUCCUUUGUGCUCUUCAAGCUCACUUUCUCUCUCUCUCUAAAUAAACCCUUCUCGCUCUCUCUUUCUCUCUCAUGCCUCUGCGAAUCUCCACACCACAAUGCGGAGCGGAACGGAGAACACCAUUCCUCUUCUCGCGCGCUUGAUGAUCGACCAAUCACCACCGUCCGAUCGCCGCUUAUUCUUCCCCUGCGGAGGCCUUUUCCUCGACCCGACCCACGCCGUUCCUCCUUCCUUCGUCUCCUCGGUUUCAUCGAACGCCGCCGUUUCGGAUCCCGUUUCGGUUUCGACUCGCCGAGAAACGGUACGUUUCGGGGGACUGAGACGCCGACGCGGCGGCGGCGGAGGAGGAGUUUUCUUGUCGGUGAGCUUGUCGAUAAAGGCAAAUAGUGGUGAUGGUGACGAGGAGGGGUACGAUCGGGAAUCCAGAGAAGCUUUGGGGCAAAAUGGGAAUAUUAUUACCUCGUCGGAGGAGGCCGUGGCGGUUUACGAGACUGUACGGACUAAGGAGAAGAAAUCUUCAGGCGUUUUCAACGUGACCAAGCACCUUUGGGCUGGUGCUGUUGCUGCCAUGGUCUCAAGGACAUUCGUUGCACCUCUUGAGAGACUAAAGCUGGAAUACAUAGUUCGUGGCGAGCAGAAGAACCUCUUUGAGCUCAUUAGAACUAUUGCCGUGUCUCAAGGGCUUAAAGGGUUUUGGAAAGGGAAUUUUGUCAAUAUUCUUCGUACAGCGCCUUUUAAGGCUAUUAACUUCUAUGCUUAUGAUACAUAUAGAAAUCAUCUGAUGAAAAUUUCUGGUAACGAGGAAACCACGAAUUUUGAGAGGUUUCUUGCCGGUGCUGCAGCUGGAAUUACGGCUACUGUGCUCUGCAUACCUAUGGACACUAUCAGAACCAUUAUGAUAGCACCUGGUGGGGAGGCCUUGGGUGGUGUAAUUGGUGCUUUCCGCCAUAUGAUCCAAACUGAAGGAUUCUUUUCUCUCUACAAGGGUUUAGUACCAUCGAUUGUGAGCAUGGCACCUUCAGGCGCAGUUUUCUAUGGCGUUUAUGAUAUAUUAAAAGCAGCUUAUCUGCAUUCACCAGAAGGGAGGGAAAGAAUCCAACGUAUGAAACAAGAGCGUGAGGAUCUGAAUGCUUUGCAACAACUAGAAUUGGGUCCUAUUAGAACAUUACUCUAUGGGGCCAUUGCUGGUCUUUGUUCGGAAGCCGCGACAUACCCGUUUGAAGUCGUGAGGAGACAACUUCAAUUGCAAGUUCGCGCAACAAGGUUAAGUGCAUUGUCAACUUGUAUGAAAAUUGUUGAGCAAGGAGGCAUUCCGGCUCUGUACGCAGGACUAGUUCCAAGCUUAUUGCAGGUUUUACCAUCAGCUGCCAUUAGUUACUUUGUGUACGAGUUCAUGAAGAUUGUUCUCAAAGUGGAGUCCACAUAAUAUGCUUGAUUGUCACAUUAAGGAUUCCGGUUUCCUUUUUCAUAAUAAUGAGUUAUAUAGACUUGGCUGAAGAUCCUCUUUGCAAUGUUUGUUCAGGGGGUUUAUGAGGGAACUGAAAUAAGAAAACCUAGUUCCAAGUAUAAACCCGACAUAAUUUGACAAAAAUUAUUGUCCAAUUGUCCACCUUGUUCCCUUGGCAGAUUUUCAGAAAAAGAAAAUUUGUUAAGACUUUAGUGUGGGAAAGAAAGCAGAGGAAAUACGACAAAACGUU